GGGGCUGGGGCCGCCAUGGCCGCGGCGGGCGCGGAGGGGCUGUUCGCCCUGGAGCUGCUGGUGGAGGCGGUGCGGGUGGCGGCGCCGGGCCCCACUCUGCGCCCGGCCGUGGCGCUGCGCCUCCUGGACUUCCCCACCCUCCUGCUGCGCCCCGCCGCCGCCGCCGCGCCGCCCCUGCGGCCGGGGCGGGCCUUCCCCUUCGGCCGCGGCAAGCGCUGCCUCUUCCGCUGGCGCCGGGCCUCGCUCUGUGCCGCGCUGCGCCGCCGACCGCUCCGCGCCCUGCUCCUGGCGCUGCCCGUUGGGCUCGCCCCGGGGUCCCCCCGCCUCCUCGGCAGCUGCGGCAUCUCCUUGGCCCCCGCCGCCGUCGAGCUGCUGCAGCGGCCCGGGGCGCCUGUCUCCUGCGGCCGCCGCGGCUGCUUCCCACUGCGGGACUCCGCGGGCCGCCCCGUCGGAGAUCUGGUCCUGGCCUACCGCCUCACUAGCCUGGAGGCCCGUGAGGAGUCGCCCCCGCCGAGCCCCACCAGCCCCGGCGCUGCCACGCUGCCCGCCGCUGCCAGGCUGCCCACCCCCUCCCCUGAGCUGGGGGGUGAGGAGGAGGGCGAGGAGCUGGAGGGCAACAUCUUCUGCCCUCCCGUGCUGUAUUACAGCCGCGAGCCUGCUAAGCCUCAUCGGCUGUCAGCAGCAGCGGCCACAGGAAAAUGGGAGCAUGUCGAGGCCUGGAGACCGCAGGAGCAAGACCAGGGCCAGAGCCCCCCACGUCCCAGUGCUGGGCCCUCACUGUUGCACCCCACCAGGCCUCAGCAGCUCCACGACACCCUGGGGCAGCUGCCACUACUCAGCGCCUUGCUGGCAGAGCUGUCGGUGCUCACCCGCAAUGCUACACCUGCUGCUGUCCACCCACAUCUGGCCUGGCUCUACCAGGCCCCAGGGAGUGGUGGCACGGCCUCACGGCCCCCGGACCCCACCCAAUCCUCUGCCCUCGAGCCUGCAGAGGCACCUGUAGGGCCAGGUGGGAGCAGUGGAGCUGCCAGGCCUCGAUUGAAGCAAGGCCAGCAAGAGGCCACCUCACCAGGGUCUUCUUGGGCUGGGAGAGGACCUAAGGGAGCUGUACCCCAGGGAGAGACAGGCUCUGUAAGGAACUGCAGAACCAAGGAAAACAGACCUCCCAGAAGGAAACUAUUGUACGGGCUGACAAAUACACUGAGGCUACGGCUGCAACAGACCAAUCCUGAUAAGCUGAUAAUUCAUGAAAGAAGAGAGCAGUACAGAAAAAAGCAAAUGGAGAUGCUGAAGGAGAGAAGCCCUUUAUCCAAAAGAAAGCUGCUCAGAAAUGCUGGAGAACAGGGUGUGGUUUCUUACAGGCAGUCUAGCAAGGGAGACAGUUCAAAACAGAAUAAUCAGUUUGGUAAAACUGUUGAGACUUCAUUACAAAACAGUGCUCUCACAGAGUAUGUUUCCGUGACAGGAGAUGUGUUCCCUGACCUGCAGAAGAAACAGGCUAUUGCAAGUCUAUUGCAGAAUGAUGAAAUUGCAAGCAAGGAAUGUCCAUGCAAAGUAACUACAGCCCCUUUCCUGGAGGAAACUGUAUUAAAAUCUGCUCACAUGGAAAAGUGUGCAAAAGCCCAACUCCCAGCAGUUUUCCCAUCAGAUGCUAAUGCAAAGGGAAGUAAUGAGGAAGCAAUACACUUAAUCCAUCGUAAAACCAGGGAGCAUGAUGAUGCAUCUGUUGUAAGUGAUCAUAAACCAAGCCCCAGCAGGAGUGUUGAAAACAACUCUGAAUUCAUAUACUCAGAUGACUUCAUUGCUAGUCCUGAGAACACAGUUUAUUCAGAAGAUUUCACCAGUGCUGAGUGUACAGGCAAAGACUCAGAGGCUCUUAACAGCAGCCCUGAACCUCUGUGGCUUGAAAGCCCAAAGCAAGGUUGGUCAGAUACAGAGCUGGAAUCCAGCAGGUCCCGAAUUUCAAAGACAAGUCAAAGAGCUGAAAGUACUUCAGAUCUUCUGCCAGUUCCUUCAGUUUCAUCUCCAGUCCAGCCGUUGAAGACAAACCGUGACUUAAAAACCAGCAAGAGAACUAGUGGUGAAUCUGUUGAUUCACUUAAUGAUGCCUCCAUUCAGGCAAGUUUAUUGGAUGAAGAGCAGGAAGCCCAACAGAUCAAUAAGGAAGAGAACUGGGGUGAUCAGCGUAUUAAACAAGCAUCUACACUGAGAACAACAGUUAGCUCUGAUACUGAUCUGACUAUAGGAAGGGAGCAGACCUCUGCAGAAAAAAGCCAGGCAGUAACUCAAGUUAGCUCUUACUUGCCAUCUAUAAUGCCUGAUCUUGAACUUAGUGUCCUGGAAAACAGCAUGUCAGACAAAGAGGAUGAUUUCCUGGGAAAACUACAUGUUCCUAAUCAAUACAAAGACAUCAGUGAACUUGUAAUAAACAAACUUCCGGGAUACACAAUGUGAUUGCAAGUGUUCACUGUCU